AUGGCGUUUGAAGGAGAAAUCACCAAUAAUCUGGAUGGACUGUUUCUGAGUUACUACACAGAGGGAGAGCCGGAGAACGACGGAGACACCGAUGUGGACAGAUAUCUGGCAGCCACCCACUUACAACCAACCGACGCUCGGACAGUGUUUCCCUGUUUUGAUGAACCCGCCAUGAAGGCUCGAUUCAGCGUGACCAUCAUCCACAGGAGGGACACCGUGGCUCUCUCCAACCAGGAUCAAGCAGAUAAUAAUAUAAUGGACGAGGAAUGGCAGUACACCCGCUUCCAGCCAACGGAGGUGAUGUCCCCAUACUUGUUUGCCUUCACCGUAUCGGAGUUCAAAGCAAAAGACUCGUAUCCCCCGGAACGUAGAAUCAAGAUUUAUGCACGCCCUGAUGCCAUAGAAGCCGGACACACGGCUUAUGCAGAUAGUAUUACUGGCCCGAUUAUGGACUUCUACCAGGACUACUUUGACAUCCGGUACACUCAGAAGCUCGAUCAGAUCGCCCUGCCCGACCUGGGACCGGCAGGGAUGGAGAACUGGGGUCUGGUGACGUAUCAGGAGGGAGUGCUGCUCUACGAGGAGGGGGUGUCCUCUUACCUGCACAAGGAAGUCAUCGCCUAUUUGAUCGGACAUGAGCUGGCACACCAGUGGUUUGGAAACAUGGUCACGAUGAAGUGGUGGAACGACGUGUGGCUCAACGAGGGCUUUGCCUCUUACCUUUCCUACCUGGCCGUGGAACAUGUGGAACCGGGCUUCAAAAUGAUGGAGGAAUUUGUGGCUGUUGAACUCCACACAGCGUUCGAAGCGGAUGCCUUGGCCUCGUCGCACCCCCUGAGCCCCCCUGCAGAUGAGAUCCAGACCAAGGACCAGAUCAUGGGGAUGUUUGACUCGAUUACAUACAGCAAAGGGGCCGUGGUGCUCAAGAUGCUGGCAGAUGUUUUGGGAGAACACAUUUUCCACAAAGGGAUUAAAAUUUAUCUGGAGAAAUUCAGGCUGAAAAACACUGAUCCGUACGACCUCUGGGAUGCUCUGAAACAGUCCCAGAGUGAGUAUGGUGGUCACGUGGACAUUGAGAAGAUGAUGGACACAUGGACCAAUCAGAUCGGCUUUCCCGUCAUUACCAUCAACACCACCAGCGGAGAGGCCGAGCAGAGGCAGUUCUUGUUCAAUGACACAACUGAAUCAAAUCUUUUAUGGCAAAUCCCUGUUCGAGUGACAUCUGGCUCUCGUCGCUCAGCGCUGGAGUGGAUAUUCACCAAAACGGUCAGCAAGGACUCAUUCAUAUCAAAGAAAGGGGAGUGGAUUUUGGCCAAUGUGAACUGUACUGGAUACUACAGGGUGAAUUAUGAUCUCGCAAACUGGGCUCGCCUGAUGAACGAGAUGGAGAACAACCCAGAAACAAUCCCUUUGCUAAACAGGGGGCAACUUAUCGACGAUGCUUUCAACUUGGCAAGAGCGAAUCUGGUCAGUGUGCCUCUGGCCCUGAACUCCACCCGCUUCCUGUCCAAUGAAAGGGAAUACAUACCGUGGCGUUUUGCUGUGGAAAACCUCAAGUACUUCUUCCUGAUGUUUGACCGGUCCGAGGUGUACGGGCCCAUGCGGAAAUAUCUUCAAAGUCAAGUCACUGGGCUUUACAAUCACUUCAAAAACUACACAGACAAUUCAACUGUCCCUGAAGAAAACCACGCCGCACAGAGCAACCAGGAGCUGGCCGUGCGACUGGCCUGUUCCACCGGUCUCCCUGCCUGUGUGGACAUGGCCAAGGACUUGUUCCAUUUCUGGAUGACCAAUAACACUAACAAGAUCCACCCAAACUUGCGCUCCAUCAUCUACUGCCAGGCCUUGGAGUCUGGGGGCCUGAAGGAGUGGGAGUUUGCCUGGAACAAGUACCAGAGCUCCAGCGACACGGCCGAGAAGGAGCAGCUGAGGGAGGCCCUGACCUGCACCAAGAAGAUCUGGCUCCUCAACAGAUUAUUGGACUACACCUUGGACCCUGACAAGUUCCGCUUGAUGGAUGUGUCCUCAGUCAUUGCCUCAGUCGCCCAGAACGAAGCUGGACACGCCCUGGCAUGGAACUUCAUCAGAGCCCAUUGGGACUACGUCAGCCAACUGCACGCUCAGUAUCUGAUUGAAAAAGUGACUUACAGAUUCUCCACAACGUUUGAACUGGAGGAGCUGAAACUUUUUUCCUCUAAAUAUGACUUGGGUUCUGCGUCUGCAGCAGUACAAAAUGCUAUUGAGCAGACGAAGGUGAACAUCCAGUGGGUCAACAACCACAAGGACGUCAUCCUGGACUGGUUCCUGACAGAGACCAGAUAA